AUGGCAUUUAUUUACUGUAAUUUGUUGACACCGGUCGUGCCUGCUUACACUUACAUUGUGCAACCUCUAGUAACACCAACUGUGACAAACCAACCUCUAGAAAUGAAACAAGAAGUGAAAGAUUUGGACGUUUUCGAAGCCGAAAUCAAGCAAGAACCCUUGGACGACUGGCCCACCGUUUUAGUAAAAGAAGAACCGAUUGAAGAACCAGAAAAGUGUAAAGAACCGGAAAAUGCUGAAAGAAAAGUCUUCACUUGCUCCCACUGUCCUUACACCACCAGUUGGAAAAGCAACCUCCGCAAACACAUAGUAAGCCGUCACACCUCCUCGGACCAAAUCAAGUGGUUACAGUGCUCGCAAUGCUCGUACCGCGGCAAAACCCGAGACUACCUCAAAUGUCACCUCAUACACGUCCACAACAUAUCUGUUAAGUGGUAUAACUGUCCUCAGUGCCCCUUCAAGGCCAAAAUAAAACGUCUCCUUGACCGUCAUCUCACCCUCACCCACACCGACUCGGAAAAAAUCCAGUGGUUCCAAUGUGAACAGUGCCCUUACAAAGCCAGAUUCAGCGCCAACUUGAAACAGCACAAGCUCAGUAAACACACCGAUGCCAGCGCCAUCAAUUGGUUCAAAUGCGACUUGUGCGAUUUUAAGGCCAAACGCAAGCGAAAUUUACGACUCCAUCAACUUAACAAACACACAAACGAGGACAAAAUCACGUGGUUUUGUUGCAACAUUUGCGAAUACAAGUUUAAGAGGAAACAAGCGUUAAAGGCACACUUGACAAAAGUGCACAGUAAUGCUAAAAAGAAGAUGGAGACUAGGGAAAUACCGGUUUUUAUUGAUAACCAGUUGUGUUGGCGACGAGUCGUCGUUGAGAGGGAGGCGACAGAGGCGGGGUUUAAAUGCAACCAAUGCGCGUUUGCCACGUGUGAUAAGGUUUUGUUCAAGCAACACGUCUUGAAGGCACACACAGUCACGGAAAUCAAGAAGGAAGAUGAUUGUAUUGUGAAACAGACUUUCAAGACGAAAGACGUUGUAGUGAUGGUUGAUGAUGUCCCUUGUAUCAAAAAAGUCAUAGAUUGUCCAUUGUAG